CGAACGUGCCCCCAGCAAAACCAAACACAACACACAGACACAUAAGCCUAUCUGACUAUCUGUCACAACCGCAUCAAAUCUGAUACAUAGUCCUCUUCAGCUCCAUCACUAUAAAAGCGAAAGGCAUGCGGAGAUUCGUAAGCGGCAGACUGAGAAGCCUUAUCGUUCAGUCUUUACAGACCAAGCAGCACCAGAUUCGCACUCCUCACCUUCACAACCAAACACCUGCACUUCUAAGUCGCUUCUUGUCUUCCUCCACCUCUGUUGUUGACGUCCCGUCUUCCAUGGCUGACAAAUCGCCUUCUCCGGCCACUCUUACUCUUGGGAAUAUCAAUCCUAAGGUUGUGGAGUGUGAAUAUGCUGUCCGAGGUGAAAUUGUCAUUCUUGCAGGGAAACUUCAAGAGGCUUUGAAGGCUAAUCCAGGCUCUCUUCCUUUUGAUGAGAUACUCUACUGCAAUAUUGGAAAUCCUCAGUCUCUUGGUCAGCAGCCAAUCACUUAUUUCCGAGAGGUUCUUGCAUUGUGUGACCAUCCAACCAUCUUGGACAAGAGUGAAACACAAGGCUUGUUCAGUGCCGAUUCAAUUGAGCGGGCAUGGGAGAUUCUUGAUCAAAUUCCUGGAAGAGCAACUGGUGCUUACAGUCACAGUCAGGGUAUCAAGGGAUUACGUGACACAAUUGCUGCUGGAAUUGAAGCUCGUGAUGGAUAUCCUGCUGAUCCAAAUGAUCUUUUCUUAACAGAUGGUGCAAGCCCCGCGGUCCAUAUGAUGAUGAGAUUGCUGAUAAGAUCAGAAAAUGAUGGGAUUCUUUGUCCCAUUCCUCAAUACCCUCUGUACUCCGCUUCAAUUGCUCUCCAUGGUGGCACACUGGUUCCUUACUAUCUUGAUGAGGCAUCAGGGUGGGGUCUAGAAGUUUCCGAUUUGAAGAAGCAAUUAGAGGAUGCAAAGUCUAAGGGUGUCUGUGUGAGGGCCUUGGUGGUUAUAAACCCAGGAAACCCAACUGGUCAGGUUCUGGCUGAGGAAAACCAGAAGCAGAUUGUGGAAUUCUGUAAGCAAGAAGGUCUUGUUUUACUGGCAGAUGAGGUGUAUCAAGAGAACAUAUAUGUUCCUGAUAAGGAGUUCCAUUCAUUCAAGAAAGUAGCCAACUCUAUGGGAUACGGUGAUAAGGAUAUUUCACUGGUAUCUUUUCAGUCAGUCUCUAAAGGGUACUAUGGUGAGUGUGGAAAAAGAGGUGGAUACAUGGAAAUCACUGGAUUCAGUCCUGAAGUGCGGGAACAAAUAUACAAAAUGGCAUCUGUCAAUCUUUGUUCUAAUAUCAGUGGUCAAAUCCUAGCAAGCCUUGUCAUGAGUCCGCCAAAGGUUGGAGAUGAAUCCUAUGAAUUGUAUUUUUCAGAGAAAGAUGGAAUUCUGUCAUCCCUAAAAAGGCGUGCAAAGACAUUAGAGGAUGCAUUGAACAGCCUGGAGGGCGUAACAUGCAACAGAGCCGAGGGGGCAAUGUAUCUAUUUCCUCGCAUAGAUCUUCCUCAAAAGGCAAUCAAAGCAGCAGAGGGUGAAAAGGCAGCUCCAGAUGCUUUCUAUUGCAAACGCCUACUGAAUGCCACUGGAAUUGUAGUUGUUCCUGGUUCUGGUUUCGGACAGGUUCCUGGCACCUGGCAUUUUAGAUGCACAAUCCUGCCUCAAGAGGAUAAAAUUCCAGCUGUCGUAGACCGUCUAACAGAGUUCCACAAAAAAUUUAUGGACGAGUUCCGUGACUAGAUUUACCAGUUAAUCUUUCUUCAGGUGGUUCAGAAUAAUAUUGAGUGCAGUAGUCAUUCAAUAGAGAUGGAUAGAUGACCCUUAUGUGACAGAUUUCGAAUUCCUAGUCUUCUAUUGUUUCUAUGGAGAACCAAGUUGGGCAAACAGUGUAUGUGUUGAUGCAGUCCCAUUUAAAAUAUUACAGUUUUGAAAUCACACAAGGUUUUUUGCAUUUA